UCAAAAGAACCGGCUGAACAUGAACACAAGGACAUGAUCAUUUGCUUUUUUGUGCACUAACCUCAACUUCUUCACAGCGCGCCGCGAAUGUCGCUUCUCACAGGAGACAGAUUUUAGGUACAUUUGGGUUAUUUUUUUGUCUUUGUGUGUUUUUCCUAUUGUGCGUUUUUGAAUCAUAUGUAUCACAUGCUGAGCGGUUUAGUGCGCAGGUUCAUUUGAGUCUAGUCUUUUUUAUUUCUACCUGUUUUCUGUAUUCGACCCACAUAUGGACAUACUGAAGGAUUAUUUCUGCUUUAAACCUCUCGACAUUAGAUGAAGAAGCCAAGAGGAGAUGUUACUGAAUAACAGAAAGGAGAGGACGCGCUAUUUUGGCACAUGAAGAAUUUUGCAUAUGGACACACAUCAAUCGCGAGGAAUAUAAAGAGGCAAAUAGAAAAUGGUUAUUGUUUUUAUUAAGCCUUUAACUAAUCAUUUCGUAAUUGCCCAGAGAAUGCUUAAAUUGUAAGCCAUCUGCUUAAAUUUAUAAUAAAUGAACUGUAGUAGGCAAUGCAGGCAUGCUGAUUAAUAUACUGUGCAAUAGAUUUUGCAACCAUAAAGAAAGGGAAGUGUUAAUAUCAAUAUAUUAUACACAGAGAGGAUUUCAGCUUAUAUUUAAGCAGAUGAUGGUGGCAAACUAAUCCAUUGACACCCCAAUGGCUGAAAUUGGCAUGUAUGCAUUAUAGAAUAUAAAAUAAUCUCUUUUUUUCUUGGCAUUAGGGGUUAAAGUUGGAAUCGGUUUGUUUGGCAUAAUUUGUUAAUUGGUAUUAGUAGUUUAUAAGCCCUAAUUUAGAAGACAAGAAAAGACAGACAGGGCACUUCAGAGGCCAUAAUCAGCUUAAGGUUUACAGCAGCUAUAGCUGGUGGCACUUUUGCAUUGUGCAUCUCCAUUGCUUUCCAGCCCCUAAGUGGCUUGUUAUUAUAGCAAUUAUUAUAGUAUUUCUAGCAUAAUGGACACCAAUCACAUGGAUGAUGGUUCCUCCAGCGAUGGCACGGAGAUGGAGAUCAUGCCUGGCUAUAUAGAGCUCAUCACCAGAGCAUAUUCAGUCAUUUUCAGUGCCUUUAGAGACUGUAAAGACUGCGGACUGGAACUGUCCAGUAAAACCUUGCUGGAUCAUGCCUACAUAACCUGGAUGGAGAUCUUCAUGUUCUUCAUGUGCGCGGUCAUGUGGACGAAGGUGCGCAGGGGGCUGGCCGUGUACAUCUUUGAGCCUUUUGGACAAUGGUGUUGUAUCCCAUCAAAAGAUGUUUCAAAGAUGCCGGAGAGCGCGUGGAAGCUGGUCUUCUACACAAUGUCAUGGUCAUACAGCACCUACCUUUUGUUUUUCACUAGUUAUUCCUUCUUUCAAAACCCUCCGUCUGUGUUUUACGACUGGAAGAGCGGGAUGUCGGUACCCACCGAUAUUGCAAUAGCUUACCUUAUCCAGGGCAGCUUCUACGGCCAUUCCAUAUAUGCUACGGUCUACAUGGACGCAUGGAGGAAGGACUCUCUUGUCAUGGUGGUGCAUCACUUCAUCACUCUGGCCCUGAUCACAUUCUCCUAUGCCUUUAGAUACCACAACAUUGGCAUUCUUGUCCUCUUUCUUCACGACAUCAAUGACAUUCAGUUGGAAUUCACCAAGGUCAACGUUUAUUUCAAGAUCCGGGGAGGGAAAGAGUACUUCAUCAACGAUGUCCUGUCCAACAUGGGUGCCGUCAGCUUUAGCAUCACAUGGUUUUGGUUCCGUUUGUACUGGUUCCCCCUUAAAGUGCUGUGGGCCUCCUGCGUCACCAGCAUCCAGUCGGUUCCCAACAUUCCUUUCUACUUCUUCUUCAACACACUCCUGUUUGCCCUGCUCCUCAUGAAUAUCUACUGGUUCCUGUUCAUCGUGCUGUUUGUGGCGAAGGUCCUGACGGGCCAGAUGAAGGAAGUAAACGAUGUCCGGGAGUACGAGGAAGAUGACUUAAAGGAGAGAACAGACACUAAUGAUCAGAUGUCUACUGAAGGGAAACAUGUGCAGAACGGGACCACCAAGGAGAAACAUCAAUAAUAUCUAGGUGCUGCCACCUGCAGGCACUUAACGAUGACUGCAAGGUACUUAUGUGACCUAGUUUGAUUCCUAACCUCAGACGGCCAAGGUGCUUGGAUAGUCACACAGAGAAUAAGAAACAAAUCGACCAUCGUCUUUGUUUUAUCCCUAUUGUUUUUUAAUCACUGUUAUUAUAAUAUAAUCAUAGCACUGUGAAUGUUAUUUGUUAUCUGUCUCAUAUAUUGCUUUAAAAAUGUUUUUUUUUUUUUAUAAGUUAAAUGAGUAAAUGAAUCUAUUAAUUGUUAAAUCAGGAACUAAUGGUGGGAGUGACUAGGAUAUCUCUGGACAUGAAAUACAAUACCAUGCAUUUAGGAGAACAGUGGAACACAUUAUAUUCAGGUUUUGUGGUCGUCAUCUGGGACCACAUUUUGUUUGAUAAGAUUUAGACCGUUUUUGUUUUUCUGGUGUAUAUUAUUUCCAGUAGUGAAGGCACUAAAAAGGGUCAGUACGUAUCUUGUUGUAGGUCGUACUAGUGGAGUGGUUCUCAAAUGGUUGGUCGAAGACCUGUUCUGUAAAGCAAGGGAAGGCAAUGUUAAAUGCAUAUAAUGUUAAUGCAAAUAAUAAAAUACAAUUAACCAUGAAAUCAUGCAUAGUUAGAAGAGUAAAAUAAAUGGAAAUUCUUACCA